AUGGUUAAAAAAUCACCCACUACUAAAAGAAAAUUGAACAAUGAUAGUGAUAUUGAAGAGGCAAAACCUGCAAAGGAUUCACCUAUCACCUCAAAUUUAACCAAUAAAAAGGCUAAACUUAAUGCUGAACAAAUUCAACAAAAAGAGAAUUGCGCUAAAGCUCUAAACAGAAAUCAUACUAGAAGAAAUACAUAUCCAGUUGAAAACGACAAUAGCAAUGGUAAUUCUGAAGCCAACAACCACGAUAUCAAACCCUCAAAGUUGACAGGAAAUACUACUCCAAAUUCAACCAAAGAUAAAAGAAUUACAAAAGUCGACAUAUUAAAACAUUCAAAAACCAUGCAAAGUUUGAUUUUGAAUUUACAAUCAAUCAUCAAUGAUUUUCCAAAUGAAAAUGAAAUCGAAAAAGUUCGACAUGAUAGUAAACCUUUAGAUUAUUUGUGUUCAAGCCGUAAAGAAUUCUUGAUGGGCGUAAAAUUAAAAACUUAUUAUUCACUUGGUAAGUUGAGUUUAUUCGAUGAAAUUAUUAAUCUUGAAACAUUCAAAUCCUUAGGUGAAGAAGACGAAAUAAUAAUCUCGGAUUCAGAUGAUGAGUUUGUUAUAGAUAUACCUGACCAAGAAGAUAAAAGUGCCAUCAAAAGCCAGUUUAAUCCAAAAAAGGAAUUAUUUGUAUUUGAAAAUGAGAGCAAAAACAAAGAUAAUGAUAAUAGAGUCAAUAGCAAAAACAAUAAUAGCACAAAUGAUAAAAAUGAUAAAAAAAGCAAAUCUACUGAUAUCUUUCCACCAGUUAUCCCCAAACUUGAAGACAACAGAAUUUAUAAAUUAAUCUAUUCUAUGCCUGAUAACAAGAAUCAGAAGGACAGAGAAUGGAGAGAAAAUACUUUGGCAAUUGGAUUAAAUUAUUUUAACACCAUGACAAUUUCAAUUAUUAAAAAAAUUCCUCAUAUAAAAUUCGAAGAGAUAUUAGAUAUAAGUGCAAAAAUAAAUUUCCAACUGUGUUUAAAUACAUGGAGCAAAUUUUAUAAUUUUUCUACCAAAGAUGAGUUUUUAUGUUAUAUUGGAGGUUUGCUAAUUCAAGAAGACCAAAAUAAUUUUUUUAAAACUAAAGAAGUUAAGAAUUGGUUAAAUGUAUUAAUUACCAAAGAAAUUGAAGACUAUAAAAAGGCUAAGAAUGGCGAAAAUAAUCAUGUUUUGGAGAAUAAAGGCACAGUUGAAGGAAAUAAACAAGAAAAUAUUUUCUCAACUUCUCCAAACCACGAUAAUACUCUUAAUAUAACUAAUAACAAUUCCACUGCAAAUGAUAAUUUUACAAGCGAAAGUGCUGGCAGUGCCACUACUCUAAGCAAUAACAGUUUUUAUAAUCAAUGCUCUGAUGCCAAUAAUCUUCAAAGUAGAUAUCUAGAUAGCUAUGCAGAAAGCUCAAAUAACAAUACUAUUAAUAGUAAAAUUUGCAAUGAAGAGAAAUACGCAGGAAAUUUUAAAGGAAUUAAUGCUUUUGAUAACGAUGAAAUUAAUGUGAAAGGUCUACAGGAUAAAACCGCCAAAGCUAGAUUAUAUGGAUUAAUUGGCACUCCAAAAAAUUCACCCAAGUAUGAUAUUUUAGAAUAUGGUAAUAUUUUUGACAAACAGUUCAAAGUUUCCUGCAAACUAAAUGAUCAGAUAUUGGGUAUUGGUAUUGGCAAAAACACCAAAGAAGCUGGAAUUAGAGCAGCAAUGAUCGCGUUGAGAGAACAAGAACGUAUAUUUCGUCAGAGAUAUAAUCCGUGUAACAGUAAUGUAUCAGAAUCAAAUAAUGAUUGCAAUCAUGCUUCCAACAUGAAUGACUUCAAUCCUAAUAAUAUGGAAGAUAUAUUUACCUUGAAAUCUUACAUCACUAAAGAAGUGAUAAAUGACAACGAAUUUGAUGUUUAUAACGUACUACCUAUCAGUGAAGAUUUUAUUGACUACUCAGCAAGAGAAAAAUUAUACACAAUUAUCAUGAAUAUCAAAAAGGUCAGCAUACCUCCAAGAUACGAAAUAAAUAAAAUUGGUGCUAAUUUUAUCCAAUCCACUUUUGUCUUGAACAACAUUCCCAUAGCUAAAAGUAUUGGUGCAAAUAAGAAAAAAGCCAGUCAGGUUGUUGCUAUGUUUUUAUUAAAAAAUCCAAAAGUUUUAAAUAGAUUCAAUAAAUAA